AUGCUGACCUGCCCUUCCUUGCUGCGCUGCAAAGGCCUCUACUCGGAGUCCAAGAUCGGCCUCGAGACGCUCGCCAACCGCUCCAUCUCCGAGGGCUGGGCCGAGUACGUCAGCGUCACGGGCUGCAUCAUCGGCUGGGUGCGCGGCACGGGCCUCAUGGACGGCAACAAUGCCGUCGCCGAGCAGAUUGAGAAGCUCGGCCUGCGCACCUUCUCGUCGACGGAGAUGGCCUUCAACCUGCUCGGCUGCCUGCACCCCGUCAUGGUCGCCACGGCGCAGGUCGAGCCCAUCGUCGCCGACCUCGGCGGCGGCUUCUCGCGCCUGCCCGACCUGGCCGCCAAGACGGCGAGCAUCCGCGCCAAGAUCUACGACGAGGCCGCGCGCCGCCGCGCCAUCGCCCUCGACAGCGCCGCCGACUUUCUCGUCACCAAGGGCAGCGCCGCCGAGGCGCUGCACCAGACCGUCAAGAUCGAGCCGCGCGCGCUGCACGACUUUUCCUUCCCCAAGCUCGAGGCGUCGCCGGCCGACUACCUGCGCAUUGCCAAGGCGCGCGGCACGCUCGACCUCGACAAGACCGUCGUCGUCGUCGGCUUCGGCGAGGUGGGCCCGUACGGCUCGAGCCGCACGCGCUGGGAGAUCGAGGCCGACGGCGGCCUCAGCCUGACGGGCGCCAUCGAGCUGGCGUGGGCGAUGGGCUUCAUCAAGCACCACAGCGGCGCACUCAAGGCGACGGGCAAGACGUACGUCGGCUGGGUCGAGGCCAAGAGCGACGAGCCCAUUGCCGACCGCGAUGUCAAGGCCAAGUUCGAGAAGGACAUUCUCGCGCACACGGGCAUCCGCGUCGUCGAGCCGGAGCUCUUCCGCGGCUACGACCCGGCGCGCAAGGGCUUCCAGCAGGAGAUUGAGAUUCUGCACGACAUGGAGCCGAUGGACGUCUCCGCCGAGGAGGCCGACAAGUACCGCCGCGAGCACGGCGACAAGGUCGACGUGUGGGCCGCGCCCUCGGGCGGCAUGUACGUGCAGCUCAAGCGGGGCGCGCGCAUCUACGUGCCGCAGAGCAUCAAGUUCUCGCGCAACGUCGCCGGCCAGCUGCCCACGGGCUGGGACCCCAAGCGCUACGGCAUCCCCGAGGACAUCUGCGCCAACGUCGACCGCACCGCGCUCUGGACGCUCGUCGCCACCACCGAGGCCCUCGUCAGCGCCGGCAUCACGGACCCGUACGAGAUCUACAAGUUUGUGCACCCGUCGCUCGUCGGCACGGCCAUCGGCUCGGGCAUGGGCGGCAUGGAGUCGCUGUCGAAGAUGUUCACGGAGCGCCGGCAGAACCUCGACGUGCAGAAGGACAUUCUGCAGGAGACGUUCAUCAACACCAUCUCGGCGUGGACGCAGCUGCUGCUGAUGUCGUCGUCGGGCCCGACGCUGACGCCCGUCGGCGCCUGCGCCACGGCGCUGCAGUCCGUCGCCAUUGCCAGCGAGGCGAUCCGCGCGGGCAAGGCGAGCGUCAUGCUGGCCGGCGGUGUCGAUGACUACUCGGAGGAGGGCGCGUACGAGUUUGCCAACAUGGGCGCCACCGUGUCGUCGGUCGACGAGGCGGCCAAGGGGCGCGAGCCGAGCGAGGCGUCGCGCCCCACGACGAGCAGCCGUGCGGGCUUCCUCGAGUCGCAGGGUGUCGGCGUGCAGGUGCUCAUGUCGGCCGCCACGGCCCUCGAGAUGGGCGUGCCCAUCCAGGCCGUCGUCGCCUACACCUCGACGCACACCGACAAGCAGGGCCGCUCCGUCCCCGCGCCCGGCCACGGUGUCAUGGCCGCCGCCGAGCCGCUCAAGCGCGGCCUCGCCGAGUGGGGCCUCGACGGCGACAGCAUCGGCGCCAUCAGCAUCCACGGCACGUCCACCAACGCCAACGACAAGAACGAGAGCCAUGUGUACCAGGAGCUCUUCCGCCACCUCGGCCGCUCGCAGUCGCACGCCGUGCCCGUCAUGGCACAGAAGUGGCUCGUCGGCCACGCCAAGGGCGGCGCCGCCGCCUGGGCGCUCAACGGCCUCAUCCAGUCGACGCUCACCGCCACGGUGCCGGGCAACCGCAACGCCGACGACAUUGCGCCCGAGCUGCGCAAGUUCACCUACCUGCUCUACGCCUCCAAGACGCUGCAGCGCACGCGCGAGGACCACAAUGCCGGCCUCGUCACGUCCUUCGGCUUCGGCCAGGUGGGCGGCAUUGCCGCCAUCCUGCACCCCGGCCACCUCUUCGCCCGGCUGCCCGAGCAGGACUUCCAGGCGUACGCCGCGCGCCGCGUGCCGCGCGAGGGCAAGACGCACGCGCGCAUGCACGCCAUGUUCACGAGCAACUCGCUCGUGCGCGUCAAGGAUGCGCCGCCGUACUCGGACGUGCUGCAGGACGAGGUGAUGAUCAACAUCCACGCGCGUGCGCAGCCCGUCGGCGACAGCUACGCCUUUGUCGCGCCCCUUGCCACGGCGCCGCCGGCCGGCAAGCAGCAGUCGUCGUCGUCGUCGGCGUCGCCCAACGAUGACCUCGCCCAGGGUGCCAUUUCGGCCCUGGCCGGCAGCAUCGGCCAGGUGCAGGGCGUCGGCAUCGACGCGCAGCAGGUCUCGGCUUUCCCCGCCGACGAGGCCUUCCUGCGUCGCAACUUCACGCCCGCCGAGAUUGAGUACUGCGCCUCGCAGCCCGACCCGACUGCCGCACGCGCCCGUCGCUGGGCCGCAAAGGAGGCGGCCUUCAAGGCCCUCGGCGUCGCCGGCCGCGGUGCCGCGGCGCCGCUCAUCGACUUUGAGGUCGUGUCGAGUGCCGAGGGCCCCUCGUUCCGCCUCACGGGCGAGGCGGCGGCGGCCGCAAAGGGCUCGAAGCUGCUGCUCUCCAUCAGCCACUCGGGCGACACGGCCGUGGCGGUGGUGCACCGCGUGCCCGCCUGA